CGGCGCGGCGGAAGUGGCUUCCUUCCGAGUCAAGGCAUCAAAAGAGAGCCGCUGCCGGGUUAGAUAGAGGAGGCGCGGAAGGCGGAGACUGGCCGGCCGGCCCGAAAGGGCGAAGAUGGCGGAGAAAGAGCUUUGGGAUAUAUCCUGAAUGAAAAGAACAGGAUUAUUUCAGCUUUCUUUGUCCUUCUCUAGCUUCAAGUCUCUGUUCUAAAUAUUGUUAGAAGCACAUGAGGCCAUGGCAGAUGUUGAUGUUCAACCAUCCAUACCAAAAAGGUGUGGUCCAUACAUUUCUUCCAUCACCAGCCACAGCCUGAACCUGGUCCUUCGUGGGAUAGUCCUGUUCUUAAUUGGAGUCUUUCUUGCAUUAAUAUUAAACUUGCUUCAGAUACAAAGAAAUGUCACCUUAUUUCCACCGGAUGUGAUUACGAGCAUCUUUUCUUCAGCUUGGUGGGUACCCCUUGGAUGUGGCACAGCAUCAGCUGUAAUUGGAUUAUUGUACCCUUGCAUGGAUAGCCAUCUGGGAGAACCUCAUAAAUUUAAGAGAGAAUGGUCCAGUGUGAUGAGAUGCGUAGCAGUCUUUGUUGGCAUAAAUCAUGCCAGUGCUAAAGUGGAUUUUGCCAACAACUUUCAGUUGUCUCUCACACUUGCUGCGCUGUCAGUGGGACUGUGGUGGACUUUUGAUAGAUCUCGAAGUGGUUUUGGACUUGGAAUAGGAAUUGCAUUUUUAGCCACUUUGGUGACUCAGCUUCUGGUCUACAAUGGAGUUUAUCAAUACACAUCUCCUGACUUCCUUUAUGUCCGUUCCUGGUUGCCCUGCAUAUUCUUUGCUGGUGGAAUAACUAUGGGAAACAUUGGCAGGCAGCUAGCAAUGUAUGAAUGUAAAGUUAUUACGGAAAAGUCACAUCAAGACUGACAGGAGCAAAAAAUACUUUUCUCACAGGAGGAGGAAGAGCAGACUGAGAAGAGCACACAGUAGAGAGAACUCGAUUAUAUAAUUGCCAAAAAAAAAAAGCAAUCUCCCUCUCUUGUUUCUUCUUCUCUUGUCCCUGGUUGUGUCUCUGGCUUGGUCCACUUGCAAAGGCACUAUUUACUGCAAUCUGUGAUUGCUGAAUCUCUUAAGUCACUUAAAAAUCCUGGCAUCUCAGGAACGUGAUCUGUGCGAAACGGUGCUUCAGCACAACACGCUGGAGAAAGUAUUGGCUUCUGAGUAGGAUCCUUUGUUUACCUGAACUAGACUAGGCUUGCCAUGUAGUGUCCCUUCCCCCUCCCCACCCCCCAGUAAGGUUCUUGUGCCAAACCAAGGUUACAACAAAACAAAACAUCACUCUCUCCUGGCUGCAUUUACUUUUUACUUACUUUGGCCAAUUUUGAGAGAGGUGGUAUUCUUUAGAGUGUUGCCGUUUUAUUAUACCUCAAGUCAGAGGGAUAAAAAGGCCCCCAAAGACACGAAUGGAAUUAGCAUCAAAAGCAUAAUCAGUCCUGUGACUUGACUUCUCUUGAUAAAGAGGUAAAUAAAACUACAGAACAGCUGCGCAUGAAGUGAACAUGAAUUUUCUGUUUUGUAUCAAGAGUUGAUGGCAUAGUUGGCUGCAAAUGCACUAUUUGCAAUACAAAUGGGUAGUACUGCUCUCCGUGUCUAUGGCCGUAGUGUGUUGAGUGUGGGACCACUCUGUAAAUAGAUACACCCUGUCGUAGGACUCUUCAUCGCAUAGCAGCAGCCGUAGAGCUGUUUAUUGAGAUGUGAUUCACGCUAAAUGGUAAUAUUGAGGCUAUCCAUAAAUAAGACAUUUUUACAGUUGGUAGUUUAAUUCUGGAAAUAGGAAAAUCCAACAUUUUUUUUUAAAGUUUGGUAAGAUGAUCUUCAGUGUAGUAAUUGCAAGUACCUCUCUCACUUUGUAUAGUAAAACAUGGGUAUCUGCUUGCAUUCUGAUCAUAGAAGCUGUAAACGUUCCUUUACGGAAAUUCCAUGAGAUAACAUGAAUUCAUGUUAUUGCACUUAUAGAAAUGUCAUAUGACAAGGUGAAUUCUAACAAAAGAGAGGCACAGCCAAAAGCAUUAUUAUGCGACUGCAUCAGUAGAGCUGAUCCUUGAGUCUGGUAAAUGGGAGAAAGGAAAAAGAAACUUUCAUAUAAUACCAUUUUAAAUCAUUCAGUUUAAUUGCUUCUAUAAUCUGUGUAUAAAGUGAAAAGCUGCUGCUGGUAUUGUUUUUUUUUUUAAAAAAAAGUAUAUUCAGUGCAAGUUUUAAAAAAUACAGCCACUCAAAAGAGGCUGAUGUUGGUCCAAAGAAAAAUGUGUGUGUGUAUAAAAAUAUAUAUAAUUUUAUUUUUCUUUAAUAUAUUCAUAAAAAUGUAGAAUUGGAAAACUAAGCUUUUUAAAGACUUGCACACUAAUACGUGAAGAAUAUGCAAUGAGAGCCUGGGGAAAAAUAAACCAAGCUUUGGAAAGGAAAAUGUGCAAUCAAUAAGUCUUAGAAAAAUAGCAAACAAUAUGCAAAAUAGCAGUAGCUUUAAUUUUUGACUAGCUGUUGCAAAUUCACACUAUUGCACUACAGGGUCUUUAACACGGUUGUAAUGUUAUUAGACUGAAUAUUAGAAAACACUAAGUGUUAGUGCACCUCCUUAUAUACCUUUCCCCACAUGAAAUCUACAGCGAAACAAAUAAUUCCUAAGGUUUAAUUUUAAGACAUCUCCAACACUGUAAAUGUCUCUGAGGUGGCUUAAGAUUGAGAGAUCUGGUCCCUAUCCAGUUUAUCUGUGAUUCUGCUGAAUUCAGUUAUUCAAAUUUGUCACCAGAUCUUAUUAAAAUGGUGAUAGGAACCUUUUGAAGGUUUAAAUAUGACAGCCUGGCUCUCACCGUAUAGUCUAAUUGUUGAGUUGGAGUGUUGCUGUAAGAAAAUGCAAUGUGUGUGGCUUUGAAUAGAGCUCCAUCAUAGAUUUUUAGUUAUCUGGCCUCCUAACACAUGGGUAGUACACAUGUUUUUGAAAUAAGAUCUGUUACUUUGCUUUUGCUUUUUGUGGGCAGUUUUUGCAGGAUGAAGCUGCCUUAAAGUGAAACAGAAAAAGGGCUUUCCACAAGGUUUACUAAAUCUAAUUGCAGGUAACAGUGACAUUUGGUUCAAUCUAUGGGUGUAAUGACUGAUUGCCAAUGACGACUUUUCUGCAGAGGGUAUUGGACUAAGUUGUAAAAUAGCUCUUCAUUAUCGUGCUAAGAAGUACAGAAUACUGUUUUGGUAAACCUUAAAAACAUGAAGUCCUGUCUCAUUGCAUAUUUUCCUAAAGACAGGUAUCACUAUUUGCAUAUUAGCUUAUUCAGUAACCAUCAUAGUUGCUGAAUAUGCACAGUUUGAAAUUACCACUUGAAUUUUUUUUGACUAGCACUUCUGACAUGGAGCAAAUUUACUCAUCUUUCCAAAGUCACUUUGAUAGGCCACUAUUAUCAUUUAAAUAUUUCUUUUGAACAAAAUUCAUACUGUUUCUCUGUAUUACCAGCUGGUACUGAAUUGUGAGAGGAGAGGUUUGUGAUGAGAAUGCCUUAAUUACAAUGGGGGUGGGGGGAGGGAAGCAACUGCUGUAUGAUGUGUAACUAUAAUAAUACAUUGUCUUCAAUAUGCUCUAUAGAGGAUGAAUAAGGUAUAUUUUAGAUACAACUUUGUAAGCACUAUAAACUCUUCACUAGUUGUGAACAAGUUGUUAAUGUUUACUUCUUCAGGUUGCUGUUAAAAGCAAAAUAUGUAUUAAAUAAAAUUACAGUCUUGAAAACUUAA